AUGACAACUGAACAACGCAAUGACCAUGAAAAGGAUGUUACUACCAUCUUAAUGGCUACAAAACUAUUCAAAAAGUUACCGACUCCAUGUAGACCCAAAUCCCUCACUGUACCUCCACCCCCUUUUGCACUAGCCUCCACCGUGCCAGCUGGGCGAGACGAUUUCACGAUGGAUCUAUCUCGCUCUCUUAUGGAUCCGACGCUUCCCCGGUGCUUACUUCCUCAUGAACCUGCCGACUCAGAGCCUACCUCCCCAAUGUCUUCUCCACUCUCAUCGCUUGGGUCUUCACCACUCUCCUCGGUCCCACCAUCUGAUUCCGAGGUUGGUGAUUUGGGAGAGCUGAUGGAUCUCGAUUCUUCACCACUUUCAUCACUUCCACCAUCCGACUCCGAAGAUAUGGAUAUGAUUGAUAUGAAUAUGGAGGCAAGGCAUAUGAUACCUUUAGCGGAUUCUGCAAAAGUUGAGGCAAAGAAACGAAAGCCGACUACAAAUGGUGCUCUGAUCGCAGGGAAAAUGUAUUGCUUUGGCCAGACUGUGGGGUAUUCAAGUGACAUCCUCAUCUCACCUUAUAUUCCCGUCAAAGGGUCUUCUAAGCGCCUGUACAAGAGGUUUCUUCACAAUCUUCCCGGGUUUGGUGCCCGUAUCGGGUCACGUUUCCGCAAUUUCUGUGAUCAACUUAAGUUCCAACCCUCUGGCCCACUCGACUUCGCAGCUAACUUCGCCUUCACCCUCUGUGGUUUCUACAAUAAGCCGCAUACUGAUAACGACAAGGGGAAAGUAUACUGUCUUUGGUAUCCGAUUGACAGUGAGAGUGGGAAGAUAGUCACUAAAAUCGAAGGUUACUAUUAUGAAGGUGGCUGGUUUAUUUUCCCCGAGUACGGACUCGCCUUCAACUUAGGCUCCAAAUAUGCAGUACAAAUUGCAUGGAAUGGUAAGACAACUUUCCAUCACACUCUACCCUCCAAAGAAAAGGACGAUGUGGACCAAGCUGGUAAAAAAAUUCAUUACACUCGCCUUGGAUGUUCAUCUCAGAUCACACAAAAGAUGGCCCGAGCUUGUGCGAAGGCUGGAACUAAAGAUCAAUUCAACUAUCGGUCAAAUUAUAGGAAGUGGAAGGAAUAG